AUGCUGACCGAAAAGACCAAGCCCGAAUACGUCGACCUCGACGCCGAGUUUCACCCACUUCCCAAGCACGGCCACCUCUCCGCCAAACACCCGGUCUAUGCGGCCUCGGAAGCCGCGAUCGGCGCCAUGUACGCGCAAAUUCAAGCGCAGCCGGAUUUCGCGUCGGUGCGCAGAGUGGCCGGCGACGCGGACGCGCCGAUGCCCCGGGGCGGACCGGAUCGGUAUCGGGACGUGACCACGGAGCUGCUGUACUUCAAGGCCCGGGAUGGGGAGGAGAUCGAGCUCAAGGUGUACAAGUCGCCGAUUGUUCGGCCGAAUGCGGUUUUGAUGUAUCGCAUGCACGGAGGCGGAUGGUGCGUGGGACGUCACGAGGUUGACGGUGCUGAGAAUGUUUACGCCGCGACCAACAAGAACAUUGUCGUUGUCAGUGUAUGCUAUCGCAAGUAUGUUGCUGCCGUUGAUGGCGGUUCUCCUCAAGCUGAUUGGUAUAGGGCGCCGGAGGAUCCUUUCCCGUGUGGGCUGCACGAUAGCUAUGACGGCCUCUUGUGGGCCGCCGCCCUAGCAAUCGAAUGCAGAGACAACGGCAUCACGGGCGUCAUCGCCCAAGUCCUGCACUUCCCAAUCAUCUGCCAUCCCAAAUUCUUCCCAAGAGAAAAAUACGAGUAUGGCAGCUACAUCCAGAACAACGACAACCCGGUCAUCGGCGCUCUGGCAAUGGAAGGCGCCCUCGAUGCGUACCUGCCCAAGCCGAAGCCCGACCAUCGCCAUUCGCCCAUACUGGCAAAGUCUCUGAAGGACCUGCCUCGUGCGCGUGAGUCGAAAGAAUGUGGACAAGUCGUCGCCAUCACCAGCUAA